AAAAGUUGUUAAACUUUAUGGUUUUCUGUUUCAAGUCACCAUAAAGUAACGACCAUCCCUUCUAGAAUUCUGUGAUAUUCGAUACAAGGAUGCAGGGUGUUGGACGCGGCAGACCUCCUCCAGGGUUCGAGCCUCUGGCAGGGGUGGGCAAAGGUGUGUCGAAUGUCAUAACAACAACAACAACAACUUCGUCUAAGAAGAAGAAGAAGAAAAAAGCUGCAGCACAACCAACUCAGUAUAUCCCUGGUUUAACGCCACGCCCGGUGUCUCCACCGCCUUCAGCAACAACGCAGACGAACACCCCAAAAGAUGUACCAGCGACUUUAAUAGAAGCUUUUCUUAAUGGAUCGAAAAAUCCCGUCAGCGCAGUCAUGGAGUUCUGCUCCAUGCAAAGGAGGACAGCCAUAUUCCAGGAAGUAUCGGUGGAUGUUCCAUCGUAUACGGCUUCUUUUGCUUGUCAGUGCACCAUAGAUGGGACUAAAUUCCCACAAGGGACUGGGAAAACAAAGAAAGAAGCCAAAACUAAUAGUGCCAAGAUUGCUUUCACUCAAAUACUUGGUCUCCAAGAAGAUGAUGUUGAUGAUGAUGAUCAAGGGACUGUGAUGUACGAUGCCCGUGGGUCGAAGAUCGUGAUAAAAGACGAGUUCAGUGCGCCCCGGCCAGGGGCUGGGCAGAAUCAGAAUCAUGCCUUGCUAGCAGAGGCAAUAUCAAACCAGGGCGACAUCAACCUGCACAACUCCAAGGAAUCUGGCACAAACGCUGUGGCUGCCUUUAAUGAGUACUGCUCUACAAGAGGAAUUCCAUUCACCAUGGAUGUCAGCAGUUAUGACGCAGAUACUGGGUAUACUGUACAGAUAUGUACGCAGGGUCAACUAAUCGGGGUGGGAAUGUCUCAUGUUAAGACAGAAGCGAGGAAAGCAGCCCAUCAAAGUGCCUUAGAUAAUCUGCAAUCAUCCGAACUGCCACCAGAUCCCACAGAUGAACUGCACAGUCCAUGUCAGGUGGCCAAGCUGUGCUACAUGAAAUUGUACAACCUGUUAGAACAGCAACCAGCACUGCUCCAUGCCAAGAAGUCUUUCGCAGCCUUUGUUAUUAAGAAAAAUGAACUUGAUCGAGGAGAAGUGGUUGCCAUAGGAACGGGAGGUCGCUGUUUGUCUGUAGAGAAGCACACAGAGGCUUUAGACGGCCGGUCAUUGCUGGAUAGCUACGCAGUCACUGUUGCCAGGAGGGCUCUUCUCAAAUUUUUCCACAAAGAGGUGAAAAACUAUUACGACGGCAAUACGUUGAAUUCAGUAUUUGAGAAGCAACCUGGAUCGAGCAAGCUGAGUCUGAAAGACUGUGUGACCCUGCACCUCUUCCUGAAUUACCCACCAACAGGAGACUAUGACCUUCAUUUUACCAGUGCUGGCCGUACACUCACUGCAGAACAGGAGAAACUGAUUGAAGUUGGGGCCCAUUUUCCAAGGUUCACAUCUGAUGCCCAAGGCCGUCUCUCUAUAAAAGAUGAAGAUGGCUGUAUAUGGCCAGUAGACUUGGCUGACACUGAGCUGCCGAGCCUGGAGUCGUACAAGAAUGGGGAGGAUAUCGGUGUGAUGAGCUGUAGUGACAAGCUGCUGAGGUGGAAUAUCCUAGGUAUCCAGGGGGCGCUGUUUGCAGAGUACAUCAACCCAGUGUACAUUCACUCCAUCACGUUUGGUACCAAGUUUGACCAUGGUGUAGCGUGCGGUGCUGUGUGCUGUCGUGUGUAUGGAAUCCUUGGCCAGGCUCUGCCCACACCUUACCGGACACAUCACCCUCUUCUCUUCUCCACACCCGAAGAGUUCAACAACAUGUAUAACCCAGCAGAAGGACUGCCAGAAAAACUGUCUGUCAACUGGUCACAUGGGGACGAGAAAAUAGAAGUCAUCAAUGGAUUAUCAGGCAGGGAAGAUCCGUCAUCCCCUUUUAAAAGCGGUGUUGCUCUGUCCAGUCGUCUUUGCAAGGCUGCAUUUCUCUUUCGUUUCCGAGACAUUGCCAGAGCUGCUAAAAGAGCAGACCUUCUUCAGCUGAAAACAUACAGAGAUGUGAAACAAGCAAGUCAGUCCUAUCAGAUGGUAAAGGCCACCUUCCUCAGUCAUUUGUCCCAGGUUGGACUGGGUAGCUGGAAAGUGAAGCCUAGUGAAUUUAAACAGUUUGAAAAGUGAUAUAUUGGCUGGAAAAUGAAACCUGAGGAGUUUGGUAGGGGAAGGGACUCAGCAAUUGGAAAGUAAAACCCAACAAGUUUGAAGGGUUUAAAAAGUGACACCCUGGCUGGAUAAUGAAAGCGAAAGAAGAUUGUGUUAGAUGUGACAGCUGGAACGUGAAACCCCAACAAGUUUAAACACUGUGAAAAUUGAUGUGUUACCUGGAAAAUGAAACCCAAGGAAUUCGGUGCAGAAAGUGACCAGCAGCUAGAAAGUGAAAUCCAAGGUUUUAGAAGUUACCCAUUGUCAAGCCAAAAAAUGAAACUCAAGGAGUAGUAUUGGUUGAAAAGUCAAAUGCAAAGAAUUAAUGAGAGUGUACAUUGUAACAGAAGUGACACAGGAGGGAAGUAAAACACAAGGAUUCUUAUCAGUUUUGAAAUGUUGUCAAACUACAGGAAAGAGAAACCCCAUGAGUUUAAACAGUUUGAGAAGUGAGUCAGCAGUUGGAGAGUGAAAUGGUUCGGGCUCCUUGAGAAGACAGCUGGAAAUUGAAACCCCUGUAGUUCCCUGUUGAUAAGCCAAGAGAAAGUGCACAAAAAUAGUUCAGGCACUGAGAAACCAGCUGAAAAUCAACCCAAAUAGUCCAGACGCUUUGAUAGUCAGCUGGAAAUUCAAACCCAAAGGCUCUGAGAAAUGGCACCCUGCGGAAAAGUGAAAUUGAAUUCGUUCAAGCUCCUCCAGAAGCAACACUUAAGAUUAAAUAUUCAACCAUUUGAGCCCGAUUUGAAACCUUUCUGCACAGUUGGGUUGUGAAACCCAAAAGGUUUUAAAAAGUUUGAGAUGUACCAUAAUGACAGAUGUGUAUAGUGCUAUGAAUCGGUUUCAUAAUAUUUUUUUAAAUCAGUUUUGUCCACCAUUGUUGAAAUCACCAAAACUUGUUAAAUUUUUACCCCUGACUUUUUGGUAAAAUGAUUUCUGAAUUUAAGCCCUUCGUAAAACACAUUAAGGGUGCUGGUUAUGUUUUUAACGUUUCUUGUUUUACAAAAUAAAUUCAAAUAAUAAAAUCCCUUCAAACUCAUUGAAUCUAUUGGAAUGGUCUUUAAGUACAUAUAAUUGAUCAGUUAAUGCUUCUUAUUAAUGUUGCAUUUCAUUAGGAAUAUUAACUCUCUGGGAAACCAAAUUAAGAAAAAAAGAAGAAAAAUUGUGGAAAUAUAGGGUUUCAAAAGAUGUCCAGUCGGAGUUCAAAAAAAACAUUUUGUCUCUCAGGAAAGUUACCUCACCUGGCGCUCAGUUCUGAGAGGUUAGAGCAAGGAAACAUGACUGGUUGGCUCAAUGUCAGUAUAAUGUGACUUGAUGGGGUGUCUUAUCUGGUGUCUUCAGCAUGAUGGUUCAGUGGCGGCAGCACUUUAACAGAAUGGGCUCGCCCUGCGACAAUGAAGACACAGUAUGUGUACUGUGUCUUUUUAGAAGACAAAAAUAUAUUUAUUUGCUCCAAAAAUGCUCUUUUAUUGUCAAAUUUUUAGGUCAUUUAGGGUAAGCACCCUAAUAGGGGCACGUCCUUGUGCAUUAGUUAUUUAGUGGCCAGUUAGCUUACACACCUCAGAACAAUACAUUGUACCGUCAAUGUUUGAGCAAUAAACUGUUCGUAUAAAUGCAUACCUCUAGCUAGGCUUUUUUUAAGAAGGAUGCUGCGUCCUGCUCUUAAGUGUGCACCUUGCCCCUUUUUGUGCCAGAUAGAUACUGGGGAAAUUGUCACCCGGCCUCCUUCUUGAGGUGUGUACCCUUGGCCCCUGUCCCUUCUGAUUUCUGACAACGGGCCUGUAACCGUUACUGUAACAGAUCACCGGCAUACAUUUUGACUGUACUGGUUUAUCUUACGUGUAACAUGUAAGAUAUUUGGACAUUAAUUUUAUGGGUUCGGAGACAAAGUGAUCAGGUGUGCAAGCCAAUACCUGAUUAAACAGGCUAUACUCGAGAUUUUUGGCAAAAAAAUCCAUAUUUCCUAAUCAAAUUAAAUUUUCUGUUUCCACCCAGAAUAUGUUAACCUAUUGCUUGUCAGGAAAUAUCAGAUUUAUUGUUGACUUUGAAGGGUUACAGACAAGACUUGACAUUUUUUGAAAGGUAACUAGUUUGGGUUAUUUUUAAAAAAAAACGGAAAAAAAUUGAUUUGGACUUCAGUGCGAAAGAUCUCCGGUAUAGCAUAGGCUCGCAGUAUUAAUUCCGGGCCGUAUCUUCUUUGUGAACAUGAGCCAUGGUCAAGAACGGUUAUUUCUUUGAGAUAUACCAGUAGGAUAAAGACUUGGGGAUAAUAUAAACCAUCAUAUGUUAGAGUCAUGUGGCCGUGAUACUUCAUUCAUGUUCAGAAAUCACCAUAAAGUUACAUGUAGACUCGAAAAUUAGGACUCCGUAUAAAUACAGUACAUGUGUGCCCAGUAAAUGUUUUCCACGACGUACCUUACCAUAUCCCAUUCGUUCCCACCAAAAUAAUGACGUCUCCUAUCAGGAAUUUUAAUGAAACUGUCGUAUGUAUAUAUCCAAAAGUCUCAUUUUCAUAUUAUAGUAGUAUGUACUAUUAUUUAUUUAUAUUCUAUUUGACAUGUGUAUUUACAAAACUUUUCAUCGUACUGUAUAAGCAGUCGAAUUUACCGUCAUCGUAUCAUUUUUAUAGUCCUGUCAUUUCUCGAAGUAUUUUUAUUAUUCUGUUACUUAUUGCUCUCCAAAAUAAUAAAAUACAAAAUUGUAAAAUAUACUCCCAGGAAUGACAGAACUGUCUUGUUAAAUGUUACACCAGAAGUUACGUCUCAGUUUUACUUGUUUCUUAAGCUCUAGCGUAAGCUCUUUCAUGAUGUAGUACGAUGUAAACUUUGAUUUUAGCAGAUUGCCACUUCAGUUUUCUUUUCUGUGUUUUAUCGGCAGACGGUGGUUCAAAACCAAGUUGAGUUAGUUUUUAUUUCCCUAUAUGGUGCUAUGUUAGUGUGGUGUAUAUAAUUAUAUAAAAUAUGUGAGCCAAACACAUUCUGAUUAAAUCAGAUGGUAUGCAGCACAGUCAGCAUUUUAUUUAUUACCAAUAUGUGUCACUUUAAGAUAAUUUUGGGCGUACGACCUUCGGAAUGUAAAAGCUUAAGAGACCUACCUGGAGAUUUUCGUAUUAUUAAUCCAAAUGCAAUGAAAUGAUUUGCCCAUAUUCGUCUUGUAUGAACCAGUCUGGUUUAAAUGCUUCUUUUGGAAGGUCCUUGAACUCAAUGAGCUUUGGAAGACGGCCUACGGUAUUUCAUUGAUAUUGUUAACAUACCCUCAGACUUUAAUUAGAUUGCACCAAUACAGAAACUGAAAGCAAAGUGUGAUGGAAAUGAAUAAAUAUUUAUUUGGGACGUCAUGUUUCCCAUAAGCCCUAUGAGGCGGGAAGUUCCCCGAUCUGAAGAUGAAAAAAAAAUGUAUUAUGCUCGUUUAUUCCAAAUGUUAUCUUAUGUUAUUUGAGUUACGAAAAAGAACGUGCCUGGAAUAUAAAAUUGAAAACGCUGCAUGUGUUCAUUUUUCUAUUGCCACAUCUUCGUUUCACAUUAGUUAAAUCAUUAUUCGCUGUU